AUGUCGCUUCCCCCUGGCGGGGCGCUGCCCGCGGCCAAGCAGAUUUGGGCUGCCCGCCGUCGUGCAUCCAUCGACAGCCGGGUACCCGCCUCUGCCCUGCCCUAUCCGCCCAUGGGGCCCAUCUCGCCGACAUCCACCCCGGGCCUCGGGCGCCCGCCGGUCCUGCAUGCCCCAUCGAUGGGCAGCACGCAGGCCGCGCGCACCCGGGCCGCCGAAGUCGACCAAACCAUGCUGAUGGCCGAUGACAGCUCGGCCGACCUGGUCCAGCCGCAGGGGGCCCUGCGUGCCCGGCGGGCCAGCAUCUGCCGCGGCUCCGGCAUCAACACUCUCCUGCAGACCGGCGACGUCGAGGCCAUCGCGGCGUCCAUCCUCGGGCAGGGAAUCCCCGAAACCGAUCUCCUGUCCAGCCGCCGGUCCAGCGUGCCGAACUUCGCCCUGGCCCGGGACCGGCGGUACUCGGUGUCCUCCAUGGCGGCAGCCUCAUCGCACCGCAGUGGUGCCCGGUCCAGCUCCAGUGACAGCGGCCAUGGCGGCGACUCGCCGUCGACCUUUUCGGCCACCUCCUUCUCAAGUAGCCCCAGCUCCAGCACCGGGUCCAGUGGCCGGGACCCGUCGCCGGUGGCCGGGCGCCAAUCCGGCGGCCAGGUCCGCCGGGGCACCUCGCCCGUGGUGUCCAGCUAUCUCGGCCUGUCGCCGCCCGAUGUGGCCCCCAGCGCGGCCGGGUCCGGCCCCGGGCACAUGGCCGAGGCCAUGUACCACCAUGACAUGCCCGACACCAUGCCGGCCGGGGCAUCGCCCUCGCAUGUGGCUGCCGUGGCCGCCAGCCACCAGUCGGACCUGCGCGCGGCCGGGCCCCCGGCCGACGUGAUCCGCCCCUGGCGUGGCGCCCCGCCGGGCCCGGCCACCGCCGACAUGGACGAGUCCAGCGACGACGACUCGCCGGUCGUCAGCACCGACGCCAUCGAGCGCCUGAAGGCACAGGCCCCCUCGCGCCGCCGGGCAAGCAUCGCCGUCUGGUCGGACCCGGCCCUGCUGGAAAUCCAACAAGCCAUCGAGGCCAACCGCAUUGACAUGUCGCGCGGCCCGGGGCGGGGCCCUGGCCGCGGGCCGGCCCCCGCCGCUGCCAAGUCCCCCUCCGGGCGCGCGGAAUUCCACGGCCAGGCCGCCCUAACCCCGGAGAACUUGGAUGAGGCGGCCGACUUGGGCUCCUCGGCGUCCGACUCGUCGGUGGCCUCGUCCGACUCGAUGGACAGCGCGGCCGCUGCGCGCCGGGCCCAGGCCGCCCGCCGGGCGGCCGCCGUCGACCCGACCGACCGGCGUGCCUUGGAGUCCCUUGACCCGGCUGCCGCCGCCGCCGCCGCCGCCGCCGCCUUCCAGGCUCGCCAGGGUGCCGGCAAGGCGUCCCCCUCGGACGAUCGGUCCCCCCGAAGCGACCGCAGCUCCGACGGCCUCAUCGACCAGGAUGACGAUGAGUAUGAGCCCAUCCUGCCGGAUGAUGGUGCCCUGUUGGCCGCUGCCAACCCCUCCGAUCCGAGCACCUUCGCCCAUUUGCCCCAGCGCCUGGUGGCCCAGGUUUUGGCCCGCGGCACACUGGGGGACUUCCUUCAGGCCAUGCGCCAUUCGCCGGAGCUGCAGGCCAAAAUCCAGGCCCCGCCGCCGCGGCUGCGCCCGGCCAUCUUCGGCCGUCUGCCGGUGCCGGCCCGGGUGCUGGACCUGACGCCCUUCCAUCGGACCUUGAUGGAUCUGGAGGCGGCCACCAUUGUCGCCUGGCAGGGGGCCUUCUCCCGGGGCUACAUGGACUGGCUUCUGGACCGGUCUGGGUCUGGGAGUCGCUCGGUGUCGGACGCCUCCUCGGCCGAGGACGAGGCCUCCGGCGCCCCGGCACCGGACCUCGAGUACGAUGGGAUCAAGGCCGUGUCCGCCGGCCGGGCCUGGGACGUGGGUGAUGGCCUCCUGCUUGCGCUGCGCCUGUGGGUCGAGCGUCUUCAGCUUCUCAACAUCAACGAUUGCUGGCGCGUGUCCAGCGAGUCACUCAUUGCCCUGGCCGAGGGUGGCAUGACACGCAACCUGGUGGGGCUGGACUUGUCCAAUUGCAAGAGCAUCAACGACGCGGCCAUCAUGACCCUGGCGCGGUACACCCCCCACCUGAAGGACCUGCGCCUGGCUUACUGCAAGCAAAUCACCGGGGCCACCGUGGGGGCCUUGUUCCACGACCCCAGCACCCGGCCCCCGGGCCAGCCGGCCCCGCCGGAUCUGGAAUUCUUCGUCCUCCAGCGGUGCACCGCCAUCGCCUCGCUGCCAAAUGCCCUGGGCGUGGCGCGCAAGAUGCGCGGCGUGGUGCUGGCCGAGUGCGGGUACUUCGGCGAUGGGGCCCUCGAGUCGCUGGCCAUCGGCGCCUAUGGCGGUGUCCUGCGAUACGUCAGCGUCGCCUUCUGCUGCUCGCUCACGCCGCUGGGCAUCAAGAUCCUGGUGGAUGCUUGUCCGCUGAUCGAUGAGCUCGAUAUGGCCUUCUGCGGUCUAGCUGCCACCGACGAGCUGCUGGCCGAGAGCCUCGCCUCGCUGGAGCACCUUCGCGCGCUGAGCAUCCGCGGCUGUGUGCAGGUGACGAAUCGCGGCGUGGCAGCACUGGUGAGCGCCUGGCGCGCGCGCCAGCUGACCGCCCCCGGAGGAGAACGCACAGCCACCACCUUCCGGCUGAAUGUCAGCGCUUGCCCGGGCGUCUCGGUCAUCGAAGCGGCCCUGGCCCCGGAGAAUGGGGAGAUGAUGCUGGACCGGGAGCGUCCUGGUUUGGCCCAAGCGAUUGGACGCUACUCAACGGUGUCCUCCUCCUGGCGCCUGGUCGACGAAAGCCACUACUGGCCGAUGGGGAGCAAGUGCGAGCGCAAUCCCCAUCUGGCUGCCACCGGUCGCGCGCCGGUCCAUGAAUCUUCCCUGCGAGACAUGCGCGAGCAGAUGAUACGGCUGUCGGAUGAGGCCCGUCGGGCUGCCCUGCACCAGGCCCCCUCGGUGGGCCAGGCGCGCGGCACGGCCGCCGCCGCCACUCCGCCCACAGCUAGCCACCUUUCCUCGAUGCAGGAGGAGGAGGAGGGGCAUGACUCGGCCACGGGGGCCGACACCGUGGCCCCCGGAGAUGCUGUCGACGCUGCCAACACCUCCGCCAGCAGCAGCAGCAGCAGCAGCGGCGGCGGCGGCGGCGGCGGUGACAGCAGCGACCUCGACCAGCGCUCCGGCCGGCUUCCGGAGGGACACUCUGCCGCCGCCUCGCCCGGGGCCUUGCCCAUGUCCAACCACGCCCGCCAGGCAGCCGCCCUGCCGAAGGCCGACGACCCGACCGGGCGGCACGCUACCACCGCCAGCAAGGAGUUCACCACCGACGACGACGAGGAGGAGGAGGAGGAGGAGGAGGACUUUGUCGAGUACCAGGGCAAGGAGCGCAUCCUGGCAGCGGGGCGCCCGGCGUCCGAUGGGCAUCUGCCCCGGCAGCAAGGCGCCACCUCCCCCCGGCGGAAGGACUACGCCUUCCAAGCCUUCCAGCCUCCCCCGGACAAUGUCAGCUACUUCGGCGAUGUGAAGAUCUUCACCGGGCCGCCGCCGCCGCCGCCGCCGCCGCCGGGGCCGGCGGUCAGCCCCGCCGCCCCAGCUCCCAGCACCGAGGCCUGCCAGCCGGCGGCGGCCCAGUUGGCCGCCCCGCUGCCGCUGCCGCCGCCGCCGCCGCUAAUGCCCGCCCAGCCGGCUCAGCGCCUGGAAAUCCCGGUGGCCCCGCGAGACCCGGAAUUGGCCGCGCGCUUCGACUCCUCCAAGUUCUAUCUCCGCCUGCCGGAGGAAACCCUCAUCCUGCCGGCCGAGUGGAAGCUCCUCGGGGCCCAGGACCAGCUGGUGCCCUGGACCAGCCAAUUCCCCCUGUACCCGGUACCCGGGGUGCCAGUGCUGAAGGUGGCCCAGGUGGAACGCACAGCCGAGGGCCCGGCAUCCAGCACGACGUCGCCCACAUCCUCGCUGCCGGCCGCGACUCCGGGCCCGAUGCCGGCUUCCCCGGGCGCUGCCAUCCUCCCGGUGGCCGAGGAGCCGGCCCUGGCCGGCAAGCUGACCGACGUGCCGGUGGCAAAUGAGCGCCUCCGGGCCGGGCCCUGGGCCUCGGCCAUCCCCGCCGACGAUGGCGGCCCGCGGGUGGUCGCCGCGGCCGCCGCGGCCGCCAUGCCCGCCGCCGGGCAUACCGACCGCGGGCAGCAAACCGAUGGCAGACUGCCGGGAACCGGGGCCCAGCCCGCCCCCCACCGGGCCUACAACCACCCAGGCCACCAGGAGGGGGGCCGCCAGCAGCAGCAGCAGCAGCAGCGUCAGCAGCACAACCCCCAGCCCAUGAACCAUCAGCAAGCACACACUACCCAGCAGGACUCCCGGUCCCGGACCGGCGGCUCGUCCAGUGGCGACAGCGACUUCGAGGAUGCCCUGGAGCAGCACCCGUCGGCCUCGGUGUCUUUGUCUUCGCUGUCGCCACCGCCCUCGUCGCGGCCGCCGCAGGCCGGCCUGCCGACAACCGUGGCAAGUGCCGCGGGCUUGCGACUGGACCGCUUUGCGCAUGAGACCAUCGAAACGCCCGGAGCCCCGGGGCCCGGGGCGUUGAUCCGACGGGGCCCCCGGGCCGGGAGCCCGGCCGCCCAGGCAGCCGCCCGCUAUGACCGGCGUCUGACCACCGGCUACUGGCGGUACACUCGCCCGGAGUAUGAGCGCGAUCGGCUUCGAUGGACCUUCGCCCGCGAGGAGGAGGGCGCCCAGGCAGCCGGCGGCAUGGCGCCCGACGAGCCGGACGACGACCGGCCGGCCGACGAGGCCCGGCCCGGCCAGCGCCGGCAGCAGGUGCUCUGCUCGAGCCUGCACUGGGCCGGCCCAAGCACCCUGGCCCAGGCCCAGUGGCAAACCCAAGUGACGGACUCCGGGACGGCCCAGUGCGCCUUCCAGCUGGAGCUCUUCGAGUGGGACUUUGCUCGGGGGGUCCCCGGGCCCGGGCGCCAUGUGCACCGGGUACAAACCGUGCAUUUGGGGCUCGGCACCGAGGAGGGCGUCCCGGCGCCGCUUUUGCCGCCGGCCCGCUCGCCGUGGGAUGAGAAGCCGCGCUGGCCCCAGCUUGACCGGCCGCCCGGCUUGGGGCCCGCCCUGGCCCUGGACCCGGGCGAGUCGGUGUGGCUGGCCGGAGGGGCGUGGCCGGCCGGGGCGUCGGCGUGUGCGCCCCCCGGCACCGGGGUCGACGCGCCUUGGCUGCUUCUCCCCCGGGGCCGGCAUGCCGGUGCCUGGGAGGAGGGGCCGCGGGGGGAGCAGGAGCCCCGGGAGCAGGAGCCGCGGCCCCAGGGGGGUGGUGGUGGCGAUGGUGGCGGCCAUGGCUCGGCGGCCAUCCGGGGCAGGCAUCACACCAAUGAUGGAGAGCAGGAUGCCGGCGAUGCUGCUGCUGCUGCGGCUGCUGCUGAUGAUGAUGAUGAUAAUGAAGAGGAAGAUGACCUGCUGACCGACUGGAGCUUGACGUCGCUCGAUGGAGGUAGCCCAUCCGGCGAGUGGCUCCUGUCGGAGGAGAUCGACGAGUGGCCCGACAAUGACCAGCCCGGCACCGAGUGGCCCUCGCUGCCUCCCUCGCCCACCUCGCCCGCCUCGCCCACCGGGCCGGGAGAUGCCCCGCCCCAGGGGGGGCUGGCCGCGGGGGAGGCAAGUCCGAAGCCGGCCGUCGAGUCGACGGAGGAGGCGCAGGCGGUCCCGCCGCCAGGACCGGCGGAGGAGGCCCUCACACCGGGGGACCGCCCAGAGCCGGGCCUGGCCCGGGCCCUGUCGGCUCCUCGCACCGGCCUGCGACCCCCACCGCAGCAGCAGCAGCAGCAGCAACAACAACAAAAGAGUCUGACGCGCAUCGAUCGGCGCUGGCGCCGGCCCCGGACCCCGCCCCCGGACCGGCCGUCAAAUCGGGCCAGUGGUCGCCGGGGCGGGGCCCCCCCGCACACGGUGGUCCGCAUGCGCAUCUUGUCGGAGCUGCGUGUGGUCAUGCCGACCCCGGAGGCCGCGGCCGCCGGGAGCCAGCCCACCGUCCAGCAGGCGGCCUUCACCACGUCGAUGGUCCUGCGCGCGCGGGACAUGGCCGCCGCAGAUCGGGCCCGUACUGCGGCCGACGCCUUCGAUCGGGUGUUCUACUGCCCGGGACCCGGGGGCGCCGCCGCCGCCACGGGCCCGACCGAGGGGCCGGCUGAGGAGCAGCCAGACGCGGCGGGCGAGAAGCAGCCCGGGGCCACCAUCUUUUGGAGGCCGGCCGCCAGAGGCGCGCUUCCGAAGCCGCCAGACCAUCACCAGGGGCGGCAGGCGGCCGACCCGACGGCCAGGCCGGGGGGCGGCCCCCUUGCAGGGAGUUCCGCCAUGGCGCUCCGGCCCAUGCUGGCCAAAGGGUCCGAAGUGGGCCUCCGGCCCGGGCCGCCGUCCAUGCGCACGGAGCACAUUGUGUCCCGGACGCGGAUGCGCCGGGACGGCCGGACCGCGGUCCUGCGCGUGUACACCCAUGUGCUGCUUGCCCUGUACGAUGACGAGGGGCUUGGUGGAUGA